AUGAAAUCGUCAACGAUCAUUUCCGGUGCCUUGGUGGCCGCAUCUCAAUUUUACACAGCUCUCGGCGCAACCCCUGUGAGAGUCGACGAGAUCAGCCAUGUGAUCCGAGCCAAUCUUCAAGUGCCAUCAGCACCGCCUGUGCCAGGCGCCGUUCGAUCACAGGGCUGCUGGAGUUCCCGAGGAAACAUGACGGCCACUACCGCCGUCAAGGCCACAGAAGUUUCUUCCGGUUCGUGCAACAAGUACUGCACGGCCCAGAAAUUCGCCGUUUCAGGACUGCAGGCUGAUGUGUGCUACUGCGGAAUGGUUUAUCCUCCCGCCGAUGAUGUGGUUGAUGACAACAAAUGCAAUUUCCCUUGCCCCGGCUAUGGCAAUGAGGCCUGCGGCAGUCUUGGAAACCCAGGUUUCUACAGCAUAUGGAACACUGGUAUCAACAUCAAUCCCCCCAAUUAUGUGCCCCCGUCAACGACAUCGUCGCCUUCUUCUUCUUCAACCAGCUCGACAUCUGAUUCUGAGAAAUCAUCGGCCGCCGCCAACCCUUCAAGCCCGGCUUCUCAGUCUGCAGAGGCAACUCCAUCAGAUGCACCAUCGGGAGGCUCAAAGAAAACCAACGUCGCUGGUAUCGCUGCGGGCACUGUUGUUGGCGUUGUCGUCCUGGGAGGCCUUCUGGGAGCUGCCUUUUUCACCAUGAGGCGAAGACGGAAUGCCGAAAUCGAGGAGGAACACCGCCGCAAUGCCGCCGUCAAUGCCUUCAUCAACGGCUCCAAGCCACCUUCUACCAGCGGUAGCAUUUCCAUGACCGACUCUCGCCUUGACCCCAUCAUGGCCCACCGCAGGCUCAGUGAUGGCAGUAUCGCAGACAAUGAGGAUUACUCUCGUCGUAUCUUGCGGGUCACCAACGCAUGA